AAGAAGGUUACAUGAAUGUCAGAAUAAGCCCAUAUACAUGGAUACUUUCAACAUAUUAUCAAGAUAGGAUAAUAACUUCUGUGGAUGAUACUGGUGGUGUUAUACGAUUUCUUGCUGAUGAAAGUUCAACUGAUGUUGAUGUGGUAAUAGUUCAUGUGCUUGGAAUUUCCAAAGCUACAAUUGAAGGCAAUUAUGUAGGCAAUUAUUUAGCUGAUAAUUCUUAUAAAACAAAUGCACAAAUUAAACCUGCAGAAGAUUUCUUCUUUCCAAUGAUAAUUGCCAGCGAGAUUGGUUCCGCAGAAGGAUCCAAUCCAAAUUUACAAUUAUAUCAUAGAAGUAUCGAAAAAAAUUAUUUUAUGGCAGAAAAUUAUAGAUUUGAUUUAUUAGAGAUGUAUAGUCUAAAAACUGGUAAACAUUACAAAACUUUUCAUAUCCGUGAAGAAACAAUAGAACAGCUGGCAGCUAAUGGUAACUCAAUUUUUGAAAUUUCAAAAAAUGAUGUAUUGUUAGCAUUUUGUAGAGGAACAAACAGU